AAUGUCAUAUUAUGUUCCUUGCACACACACGAAUAUGCUAGAUAACACACAACCUUUGACAGGAAUUUAUAACGUCAACGCGACCAGUGCAUAUUAGUAUUUCAAUGUUUAAUGAUAGACGUAAAUUAGUACUAUGACAAAGAUAAAAUAUCAUAAAGGAGCAGUGUAUAAAUAAUAUAGAAGAAUUACAAUAUCGCCAAAGUUAUAUAUGAUGGCUGCUUGGAUCAGUAUAACUCCAAAACUAGAGCAAGGUUUAAAAAUAGUGAGUCGCGUGGAUAAUAGCAAAUUCCGGCUUCUAGUCAACCGUAUAUGUCAGAGCUUACAAUCUAGUAUCGAUACAAAGGUAUUCAGUGAGGAAGAGGAAGAGAAAUUGCUAGUUUCUUUAGAUUUGACAAAAGAUGAAUUAACUCUCUUACUGGAUACCGUAACAUCGAUUUAUACACAAGCUGCGUGUAAUAUUGUCAAACCGUCUGUCAUGGAAGCAGUUAUGAGAGAUAAUUUGAAGAUAGACGAUGAGAAAAUAUCGAUCUUUACAAACGCAUGGAUGACCUAUGGAAAGGGCAUUGUGGAGAAUCUGAGGCAAAAGUCUAUUUUUCCUACACAGGUAAAAGACAUCAAUUGGUGUCUGAACGUUCAAUCGUCGUCCUCUACGAUUUCCAAAGAUGCACGACCCGUAGCGUUACUUCAACUAGGUCUUACCGGUGAUAAAACAUCCACUUUAACUGUGGAAUUUGACAAGAAGCAGUUGACGAGUCUCUAUUACAAUUUAGAAAAGAUUCAGACCCAAUUAGAUGCUCUUAACUAAUAAGACCAAUAUAUCUUGCGUAUACAUUUAUUGUAAAUAGAUAAUAACUGGUCGCGUAAAAAUAGAUUCUUCGAUCUUUAUACAAAUUAUAUAUAUA